AUGUUGGGCUCACCAACAGCUGUACCACCUCCAUCGCUGGUCAACGCGCUGAUGGAGUCAACCGAGUGGUUUGAUAUAGAAGAGUCAAUGGAUACAGUAAUCGAUGAUGUGCUGAAUGAUCAGCUUGACAUCGAUGAACUGCUGGAAGAAGCCGAGCAGGAGCAGCAGUACCAACAACAGCCAGCAGCUCCAUUGAUUUAUUGGGGUAAGCCCCUUUGGCAUACCCGCAAACCACCAUCACCGAAGAUUUCACCUAGUGAAUCAGAGUCGACAUCGACUUAUGAUGCUGAAGCUGAAUCAAUGCUGGAAUCAGAACACAUACGUGAGCAGCAGUCGAUGGAGAUCAAAAGGCUUCAGCAAGUUCUGCAGCAGCAUCAGCUUCAGAUGGAGCAGCAGCAGCUAGAGAUACAGGAAAAACAGGUGGAGCAUCAGCAACGUCAGGAGCGUCAACAGUAUCUGGGAGGCUGA